GAAUGAGAGGACUUGUGGUUGUGGGAGAUGGGGAUUGAGUGGAAUCCCAUGUUUUCAUGCUGCUGCUGCAAUAAUUGAGCAUGGAGAGCAACUUGAGACUUAUGUAGACAUUGCUUACACUAAGGAGACAUUCCUAAGUUGUUACUAAUGGAUGGUAAGCCCACUUCCAAGCCAUGAACAGUGGCCAAAAACACCCUAUGACCCAAUCAAGCCCCCAAAAUUUACAAAGAAAGUAGGCAAGCGUAAGAAGGUAAGAAAGAGGGAGGCAGGAGAACCUAUUAAUGCAUUUAGGAUGAGCAAGAAAGGAACUGCCAUGAAAUGUGGGAAUUGCUUCCAGUGGGGCCAUAAUCAAAGAACUUGUAAAGCUCCUGAUAACCCCAACAAGAAGGCUUAUAAAAAGAAAAAGAAAGGGCAAUUAGGACAAUCAUCUACAUCUGGAGCUAAAGGGAGUAAAAAAUUAUUGGGUACUCAGCAAUCAAAUAUAGGUACUCAACAGUCAAGUCAAAGUCGUACAAAGGACAACACUAGUGGAAGCAAGAAGGAUAAGGGAAAGGCUAAGGUUUAGUGGCAGCAAGAAGAUAAAUAAUUUUUUAGUUCAAUAAUUUGUUUAGUGAUACACAGCCUUCUAAAAAUACUGAUGGAGCCAGUAUACUUUUGUUUUUCAAUAUUGCUUGGAAAGUGUAAUUAUUGA